AUGAAUUUAUUAACAGAAUUUCUUUUUAUUGUGAUGCGCACCAAAAUCGAAACGAUGAAAAAGUUGAUUCUGUUUCAGUUUCUAUAUGGCUUGUUCAACUAUUGUUCAGCACAAACUGUGUACCCAAACGUGUGCAUGGACAUUCCUACAGAUUUAAACAGAAUUGUUCGAAAUAUAUUUCUCGAAGGAUUUAUCGAGUUUAAAAAAGACAUUGCAAAAAUAACGGCAGCUCAAAAUUGGAAAUGGUCCGAUGAUUUCAAAGAGACAAAAAAUACUAUGAAUGCAUUAGAUGAAGAUCAACAACGAACAAUAAACUCAGUUACAGAGCUUAGAAGAGAUUUGUCAAAUCACGUAUCCAGAACUGAAUCUCUGGUGCAUGGAAACAGAGCGAUGUUCUUGGAGAAAAUGACAAAUCUAUCAAACGCAAUUGAUGAUAGAGAACAACAAUUCAAACUAAUGGAUACAGAGGUGAUUUCAUUACAGGUCAAAUACACAGACCAGAAAGACAACAUAACAGAUUUUGGAGAUACAUUGAAGAUACUGUUAAGGGAGCAAAAGUGGAUGGUCUCUAACGUUUCAGAGCUGCACGGUAAAAUGCAGGAAAUGCGUGACGCGACCUCGGUCAUACAUCAACAAGUUUCUGAACAACUUAAUCACACAGACGAUAAUCUUAAAAGGUUUUUUGAUGAAAGUUUGCAAAACGUAACCAAAGAGUAUUCUGAAAACCUCCAAAACAUGAAGCAAAAUGUAACGAGCUUAUUUGAAGUAGUUUUUAAACAAGCAGAUGCUGCUGUAUCUUUGAAAGAGGAAAUUAGAAAAAAUGCGUUAAUGAUGGAGCGCCUUCAGGUUGAAAUUAGUGAACUGAAAGAAAACAUCAGUUUAUCAAAAGACACGCCUUCUACACGAGUCACGUGUCCUGCUGGGUGGAGCAUGUUUGGGACUUCCUGUUACACUAUUUUUCAUCAGCAGCUGUCAUGGAUGAACGCCUCGAUGAAGUGCUUGACAUACGGUUCAAAACUUGUCGAAAUAGAAACUAAGGCGGAGAAUGACUUUUUAAAAUCUAGCCUGAUAAAGGAUGAAGCUAAUUACUGGACAGGAGGUAAGGAUGACGUCACUGAAGGUCAAUGGGUGUGGGUAUCGUCAGGAACCACCUUUGAUUUCUUGGACUGGAACACGGGAGAACCUAAUGAUGUUGGUGGGGAGGAUUGUAUGGAGAUAUCUAAACACAGAAACCGCAAAAAAUCUUGGAAUGAUAAGUCAUGCAAAAGUUCAUUAAAUUUGAUUUGUGAGAAAUUUUAAUAGAAUUCAGACGCUUAAGACCAACAGCUAUUUGCUAUGUAAUUCUAGUAUCCAGAUGGAAUAACAGUAAUUCAUGUGAUCUUGUAAGCGACUGUACAUUCCAUAGCUGAUGUAAUCAACAGGUCAACGUGUUCUUUGUGUUUUUUGGUACUAAAGAGAUUUAAGGAAGACCAAAAACCCAUAUAUAGCAAUACUCAUCUUAUUUGGUUCAAUAUGAUAAUAUCAAUGUCAAAUGUUUCUCUGUGAUUAAAAAAUAUCCAGAAAACAGAUUUCAAAUACUAAGUACUAAGCAUUUAGUCAGGUGUUUCUUCUUCAAACAAUGGUUUGAAGAACCAUUUUAACAAGAGCUUGGACUUUUCGUAGUUGUGUCAAACAGCAUUGUGACGUAGGCAUGUGUAUUUCAUCUCUGGUCAUUCAGCCAUGGCUCUUUGAAAUCAGCAAGAUUUGUCUGGCUUUUGUUUCGCUUGAAACCAGCGUCAUUUUAAACUUGUUUUGACGCAAGACAUAGAUAGUUACAACCUACUGAAAGUCCAAGGCCUUGUUAAAAUGGUUCUAUCUCCUUUGGUUUAAUGUCAUCAAAAGGUCAACAUUGUAUUUUAAUUUUACAAUAACUUAGAAAAUAGAUAAGCCAUACGUGUACAAUUCAGUAAUAUUUUCCAACAGUAUAACGUUACUGUCAAAUAGUAUUGGACCAAUAUUAUAAAGUUCCCCUUCUGUUUUAUACAGUUCCACGUUUGGCAAACACACAAAGAUUAUUUUGGUUAUUGCAAUUUCUUUACACAUGUUGGAACAUUUUCCAACCGAGGUUUAAAAUGUAUAAAACUGAAAAAUAUUUUGUUUUAAUUUCUCCUCUGUUCUGCUCCGACAUCCGUUCUGCUCUUUAACAAGAGCGUAUAUUCGCUAAUUCGUGAAGAUAAGAACUCGAUUCUUAGGAUAAAACUACAACUAGCCCUAGUUAUUGAUUCAUUUUUAUAUUCCUAUACUGCAGCUAAAAAUGGGUUCAAUAAAAAAGAACAUUAAAGUUUGUUGAAUUUAGAAUAUGAAAAUGAACAACAAUGAAAUCAUUGGAUUGAGAUUAACAAUUUUGCACAGAGAAAUUUCAAAUCUUGUUAAGAAGAUAUUUGACACUAUAUAUCAUAAUUCGUAUUAUAUUAUAUAUUUGACAUGCGCGGAUCCAGAAAAUUUUUCCGGGGAGUUGGAGUCCGAGGUUAGGGAUAUUUUAUGUUUUCCAGGAGGGGUAAGGAUCCGAGACAUACUCUCGGAAAUUUUACAGUGUGAAUUGGACAAAUCUGAAUUUCCCGGGGGUGGUGUUUAUAUCCGCCCCUUCCCCUCUAAAUCCACACGUUGGUGUAUGGAAACACAAAUGUUCCCGAGAAUAAGCUUAAGGAUUUGUCAAUCGCAUGCUGUGAAAGAUUCACUAUCUUUUAUCUUUUAGUCUUAUACUGAUUUGACUUUCCAAAUUUUAGAUCAAACAGACAUUAAUAAAGUAUUUGAUCUACAACAAUAGAUCGAAUUGACUUACUUUUAGAACCAUUUUAACAAGAACUUGGACUUUCAGUAGGACGAAGCUAUCUAAUUCUUGCGUCAAAACAAGUUAAAAAUGACACAGUUUCAAGCGAAAUAUGCACCGAUUGCGUAGUCUUA